AUGUGGGCCCUGAACACCCACGUGUGUGACUUUCUCAGGCGCCCAGGGGACACGGUGGGACGCGGCUGCCUCCAGGCAAGAGGACCCCAGCAGCCAGAGGCCAUGGGUGUAACUGCCAGUAUAGGCAGCUUAGGUCUGUGGUGGAGUGGAACAGGAUCACUCACUCAGAGAACAUCCGGAGGAACCCCCGCCUGCCCCCUACAAGGCACUAGUGUUGAGAAGCUCCCCCAGGAAGAGCCAGGCAGGCCAGCAGCUCUGCUAACCUGGAGAGGAUUGCAAAACAAUCCUCUCGGCUACCCCGAGAGGCUCCCCGUUCCUUUCCCACGAGUUGCUGACUCCCAGCCCCCAACCUCUGACAGCAUGAGGGAGGAGAGGGUUAUCUCAAAGGCACACCAAGCUCCCUUCAAUCCCAGUGGUGGGUGGGUGGAGGUGGGGGGAAGAGGUGGAAAGCAGACUGUCUGUCCCCUUUCAAGUCUCCAGAGCCCCAAAUCCACUCAUGAUGGGGAAGGGGUGACCUUGGAAUCAGAUAAGAGAUUAAAGUUCUAA